AUGUCUUUAAGAAUAUUGAGUAUGUCUAGUAAUUCGAUAUUAAAUCACUUUUUAUCACGGAUUAUUUUUCGUAGAAUCUAUCCACCGUUCAAUAGUAAUGCUCAAAUACUUGCUGCGCAGUUUAGAUAUGGUAGUAUUAUUUCUAGUAUAACGGGAAAAACUUUGUUGAAACGAAACGUAAAACGAGAGGCAAUUCGCUUACGUAUGUAUACUCAAAAUAUAAUUGAUCUGGCAACGACAUAUAUUUGGGAUCAUUCAACAGAAUACCAAAUAGAUCAAUUCACAACUUUGGCAGAUACUGUGAAUAAAAUAAUUCGAGAUCAUGCAUCGCAAUUGAGUAGAGAGGAUUCCAUUUAUAGAAUGACCCAGAUUACUUCAUUUCAAGAAACAAAUUGUGAGACCG